AUGUCCUUUCCUACAGCUCUACCCGAUUGGAACAACCUCAAAGUGAUCCACAAGAACACCCUUCCACCGCGGGCGCACUUCUACAGCUAUGCUUCAGAGGGACGGGCCCUCACCUUCAACCGCGACAAGGGCGAAUAUGUUUCCCUCAAUGGCACAUGGAAAUUCCAGCACGAUGCCUCUCCUUUCGAGGCACCUGAGUGGUCCACUGCCAAUCCCUUGAGCUGGGACGACAUUCAAGUCCCGGGAAUGUGGCAACUCCAGGGCUACUCCCAUCCAACCUACACCAAUGUCAACUACCCGUUUCACGUGAAUCCCCCUCAAGUGCCACUCCUCAACGAGACUGGGUCUUACUGGAGGCAGUUUGUAACUCCUUCCACGUGGGAAGGACAACAGAUUCGCAUCCGCUUUGAAGGUGUUGAUAGUGCUUUUCAUCUCUGGAUCAACGGAGAAGAAGUUGGGUACUCGCAAGGUUCACGCAAUCCUAGUGAGUUUGACAUCACCUCCCUACUUAGGCCUACCGGAUCCGCAAAUACCAUCGCUGUGCGCGUGUACGAGUUCUGUGAUGGCUCGUAUAUUGAGCGACAAGACCAGUGGCUUCUUAGUGGCAUCUUCCGAGAUGUUGGCUUGCUGGCACUUCCACUCAGCUCAGUGAUCGACUUCAACGCUGUCCCAACACUCAACGAAGAUCUAUCUACAGCUCAACUGCUCGCCAAUGUCACAAUACAGGGACAAGAUGCCGAUGUCCAGGCCAAGUUAUAUCGACCGGAUGGCACGUUACUCAAGGAGCUCACAUUUUCUUCAAAAGAAUCUGGUCGUAUCAAUGUAUCUGGUGAUGAUUUGAAGCUGUGGUCUGCCGAAUAUCCAGUUCUCUAUACCUUGACUCUCACCUUCAACGGCCGUACAAUUCCCCAGCGCGUUGGAUUCCGCCGCAUCGAGCAGAAAGGACAAAACUUCUUGGUCAACGGUAGGCCCAUCAUUUUAUACGGCAUGAACCGUCAUGAACAUCACCACCUCCACGGCCGCGCCGUGCCGUAUGAAAAUAUGCGUGCGGAUCUCAUUUUGAUGAAGAAGCACAACAUCAACGCCCUGCGGUGCUGUCAUCAACCAAAUGAUCCCAGAUUAUACGAAGUUUGUGACGAACUUGGUCUUUACGUUAUAGCAGAGGCGGAUCUUGAGACCCACGGUUUCGAUCCCGUGGAACGAUCUAAUAUUCCGAACCAGCCACUUAUGACCGAGUACGAAAUUCAAGAGACCUCCUACAAAAUGGCCACCAAGUGGACAUCCGACAAUCCAGAAUGGAAGGAUGCUUAUCUUGAUCGGGCUGUUGAGCUUGUUCAGCGCUUUAAGAACUUCCCUUGUAUCAUUAUGUGGUCCCUUGGAAACGAGGCGUUCUACGGCCAGAACCAUGUGAGCAUGUACAAGUGGAUUAAAGAGGCUGAUCCAACCCGUCUCGUUCACUACGAGGGUGAUCGGGAGGCUAUUAGCGCAGAUUUGUACUCAACCAUGUAUUGGAGUAUUGACGACCUCAAAAAGCACAUUAGCGAGAAGCCUGAUAGACCUCUCAUUCAGUGCGAGUACGGGCAUGCCAUGGGCAACGGUCCAGGUGGACUGAAAGAAUACAUUGAGGCCUACCGCACUGAAAAGCUUCUCCAAGGUGGUUUUAUUUGGGAGUGGUGUAACCAUGGUCUUCUCAAGAGAGAUGGUGACACCUCGUAUUACGCAUACGGCGGCGACUUUGGCGACGAGCCCAAUGAUGCAGACUUCAUCCUUGAUGGAAUGGUGUUUUCGGAUCACACACCCAGCCCGGGGCUAACAGAAUACAAAAAGGCCAUUGAGCCAGUUACGGUGACACUCAAGGAAAGUAGCCUGGAAGUGGUCAACCACUACGACUUUAUUAUCCUAGAUCACUUGUCUAUCUCAUGGCACCUUGUUAAAGAGACGGGAAACACUGACCCAAUACCAUGGAAAAUUCCCCAAAUUAAGCCUGGAGAAUCCAAGGUGCUCAACCUGCCCGAUGGCGUGACUUUCGGCUCUGAUCCGAGCUGGCUCACCAUCAACUUCCGACUCGCCGCGACCACAUCCUGGGCACCCCAGGGACACGAGGUUGCCUGGGCGCAAAUCCCCUUGUUCGAAGACCAGAAACUCGUAAUCCCCCCAACCUUAACCUCACCACAAUUGACAAUGUCUGUUCAGGAGGGGCCGGGCCGGUUAUACAUCAACUCGAACAGUUUCACCUCCCAUAUCACCUACGACCUGAUCAGAGGCGAUCUAUCAUGGUCCACAGACGCAGGCAAAAUCUUUAACAGCGGACCACACCUGGGGAUAUACCGAGCCCUGACACAGAACGACCUCGGAACAGCGGGACCUUGUGUCGAGUGGAACCGCUUCCGCGUCAAAAGCAGUCGCAUGGUGGUUGAAUCCGCCAAUUGGCGUGUCAGCGACGACGGCAAAAACGUAUGCAUCACCACCAAAGUCCGUGUUGCACCCACCGUGCUAGAAUGGGCAUGCGAGGCUAUCCUCACUUACAAUAUUACGGAGACAUCCGUGAGUCUGCAUGUCAAGGGUGAUUUCACAGGCACGCACCCAAAUUACACCCCAAGAAUUGGUCUAACACUUCGCCUUCCCCGACAAUAUGAUGCCGCCACAUGGUUUGGCAGAGGCCCCGGAGAAUCCUACCGCGACACCAAGGCGGCUGCGCGAUUCGGAAAGUACACGGCCACUAUUGAGAGUGGGCUGGAGACGCCGUAUGAGUGGCCCCAGGAGAAUGGUAAUCGCGUCGAUACACGCUGGGUGAGCAUUCACUCCUCACCUCCGGAUACAUCUUAUGCUGCCUCUGCUGGGUCGAUUGUACCUGUUCCAGAGAUUCGGGCAUCUAUGGAUGCGCCGUUUAGUUUCUCUCUUCGCAAGUAUGGCACAUUAGAGCUUGACCGCGCAAAGCACCCGCAUGAACUUUCGGAGUUGAAUAAUGAGACCGAGCUCAAUAUUGACUAUGCGCACCAUGGAAUUGGAACGGCGAGCUGUGGGCCUGGUGCUUUUGAGGGUCAUAGACUUGAGGCUGGGCCGUUUGAGUUUACCACCAUCUUUAGUCUUGUUGGUGACAAAAAGGACUGA